UUCUAAUUCUUCGCUUAAAAAAUUUUUUAAUCCGGUGAAUAGUCGUCUCAAGUUUUAUUUUAUUUAAUUUUUUUAUUUUGUUUUUUUUUUUUAUUAAUUCUUAAUAAAAUUGGAUAAUCAUAUUAAAAAAACAAAAAAAUUAACAUGCGUUUAAUAAGCUUAUAUUGCGUGUUAGCGACUAUUGCAUCAAUAUGCAUGAUAACUAAUGGAUAUAAGAUUCUUGGUGUAUUCCCAACAAUGGCUAAAUCACAUUAUAUUGUUGGUUCAUCAUUAAUGAAAGGUUUAGCUGAAAAAGGUCAUGAAAUAACAAUGAUAUCACCAUUCCCUUUAUCGAAACCAAUGAAAAAUUGGCGUGAUAUUCCAACACCUGGGAUUUUAGAAAAAACUAAAGCCCUUAUGGAUAAUAUUAUUAAUUUACGAAGUCAAGGUGUAAUAGAGGCCCUUGUAGAUUUAUUUAACAUGGGAUUAAUGUUAACCAAUUUAACAUUGCAAGAACCAUCCGUUCAAAAUUUUUUACGUUCUAAGGAAAAAUUUGAUGUUGUAGUUAUGGAAAUUUUUGUGAAUGAAGCCGAUAUAGGUUUUGGUGCAGUUUUUGAUGCUCCAAUAGUUGGUGUAUCAACAUUUGGAUCAAAUAUGUGGGUUAAUGAUAUGGUUGGAUCACCAGCACCAUUAUCAUAUGUACCAAAUCCUUUCAUACCAUUAACUGAUAGAAUGUCAUUGUUAGAACGACUUGGUAAUAUUGGUGUUUCAGUUGCUGAACGUCUUUAUAACGAUUUUGUUUAUUUACCUAAACAAAAGGAACUGUAUGAAAAAAUGAUUCCUGGUGAUAAUAAACCAUGCUUUUAUGAAUUACGUAAAAAUAUUUCAAUGGUACUAUUGAAUAGUCAUUUUUCUGUUGGUCAUCCAAAACCAUAUGUUACAAAUAUGGUUGAAGUUGGUGGAAUGCAUAUUAAUCGUAAAACAAAACCACUUCCAGCUGAUAUUAAAAAAUUUUUAGAUGAAGCAAAAGAUGGUGCUAUUUACUUUUCAAUGGGCUCAAAUUUAAAAAGUAAACUUUUACCAGUGGAAAAACGUGAAGCAAUAUUAAAGACUUUUGCUGGUUUAAAACAACGUGUUUUAUGGAAAUUUGAAGAUAAAGAAUUACCUGGUAAACCAAAUAAUGUUUUAAUAAGCGAUUGGUUCCCACAAGAUGAUAUUUUAUCUCAUCCAAAUGUUAAAUUAUUCAUUACGCAUGGAGGUCUUUUAAGUUCAAUGGAAACAAUUUAUCAUGGUGUUCCAAUUAUAGGUAUUCCAAUGUUUGGUGAUCAAUUCUUAAAUAUGGCUAGAGCUGAGAGAGCUGGUUUUGGAAUAACUGUUGAUUAUGAACAAUUAAGUCAAAAAACUUUGGGUGAUGCUAUUAGAGAAAUUUUAUCUAAUAAUAAGUAUGCUUUGCAAAUUAAAGAAAUGUCACGACGUUAUAAAGAUCAACCAAUGUUACCAUUAGAAACUGCAAUCUAUUGGGUUGAAUAUGUUGCACGACAUAAAGGUGCUGAUCAUAUUAAAUCAGCAUCUCAAGCACUAUCUUUUAUUCAAUAUCAUAAUUUAGAUGCAUUUGGUAUUAUUUUAUUAGCUUUUUAUUUAGUAUAUCGAUUAAUUAUGGGUAUGUUAAGAAAAGUAUUUGGUUUAUGUUUUGGUAGAACAAAAACUGAAGAAAAGAAAGUGAAAGUAACAAAUAAAAAGAAGAAAAAUUAGAAUUUAUUAUAAAUCUUUUUUUUUUAUAUAGAAAGAAUAAAUAAAUUAAUUAGAAUUUUUAAAUUUAAAUAAAACAUGUAUACAACACAA